AUGACCAGCUUGAAACGGUCGCAGACAGAGCGGCCUGCUGCUCCCGAAAGGGCCUCGGUGGUGGCCACGGAUGGCGCUCCCAAAGUCCACACCGACGACUUCUACAUGCGGCGCUUCAGGUCCCAGAAUGGCAGCUUAGGGUCCUCGGUCAUGGCUCCGGUCGGGCCUCCCCGAAGUGAAGGUUCUCACCAUAUAACCUCCACCCCCGGAGUCCCCAAGAUGGGGGUUAGGGCUAGGAUUGCGGAUUGGCCCCCACGAAAGGAAAAUGUCAAAGAAUCUAGCCGUUCAAGCCAGGAAAUAGAAACCUCAAGUUGCCUUGAGAGCCUGUCCUCCAAAAGUAGUCCUGUGAGUCAGGGGAGUUCUGUGAGCCUCAAUUCCAGUGACUCAGCCAUGCUGAAGAGCAUACAGAACACGCUGAAAAACAAGACGAGACCGGCGGAGAGCAUGGACUCCAGAUUUCUCAUGCCCGAAGCCUACCCCAGCUCUCCCAGGAAGGCGCUGCGCAGGAUCCGGCAGCGGAGCAACAGCGACAUCACCAUAAGUGAACUUGACGUGGAUAGCUUUGAUGAAUGUGUCUCGCCCACCUACAAGACUGGGCCGUCACUGCACAGGGAAUAUGGUAGCACCUCUUCCAUUGACAAGCAGGGAACGUCCGGGGAAAGCUUCUUUGAUCUGUUAAAGGGCUACAAAGACGACAAGUCCGAUCGCGGUCCAACUCCAACGAAGCUCAGUGACUUUCUCAUCGCCGGCGGGGGCAAGGGCUCUGGUUUCUCUCUGGAUGUUAUUGACGGGCCCAUCUCCCAGAGAGACAACCUCAGGCUCUUUAAGGAAAGGGAAAAACCACUCAAGCGCCGGUCCAAGUCCGAAACCGGAGACUCAUCCAUUUUUCGGAAAUUACGCAAUGCCAAAGGUGAGGAACUUGGAAAGUCGUCGGAUCUGGAGGAUAACCGGUCGGAAGACUCUGUCAGGCCCUGGACGUGCCCAAAGUGCUUUGCCCACUAUGAUGUCCAGAGUAUAUUGUUUGACUUGAAUGAGGCGAUUAUGAACAGGCACAAUGUUAUCAAGAGGAGAAACACCACCACGGGGGCAUCAGCCGCUGCCGUGGCCUCCCUGGUCUCGGGACCUUUGUCCCACUCGGCCAGUUUUAGCUCCCCGAUGGGCAGCACCGAGGACCUCAAUUCCAAGGGGAGCCUCAGCAUGGACCAGGGAGAUGAUAAGAGCAACGAGCUGGUCAUGAGCUGUCCAUAUUUUCGGAACGAAAUUGGGGGAGAAGGUGAGAGGAAGAUCAGCCUGUCAAAAUCAAAUUCUGGCUCCUUUAGUGGGUGUGAAAGUGCCUCCUUUGAGUCUACGCUUAGUUCCCAUUGCACAAACGCAGGGGUGGCUGUCCUCGAGGUGCCCAAGGACGGCCUCGUGCUGCAUCUGGACAGGGUGAAGAGGUACAUCGUGGAGCACGUGGACCUGGGCGCGUACUAUUACAGGAAGUUCUUCUACCAGAAGGAACACUGGAACUACUUUGGGGCCGAUGAGAAUCUUGGUCCAGUGGCUGUGAGCAUUCGAAGAGAAAAACCAGAAGAGACAAAGGAAAAUGGAUCUCCAUACAACUACCGAAUAAUUUUUAGAACCAGUGAGCUCAUGACACUGAGAGGCUCAGUCCUGGAGGACGCCAUUCCCUCAACAGCCAAGCACUCGACAGCCAGAGGACUGCCCCUGAAGGAAGUGCUGGAGCAUGUGAUUCCUGAGCUCAAUGUCCAGUGCCUGAGGUUGGCCUUCAACACUCCCAAGGUCACGGAGCAACUCAUGAAACUGGAUGAACAAGGGCUGAACUAUCAGCAGAAGGUGGGCGUCAUGUACUGCAGAGCUGGGCAGAGCACUGAAGAAGAGAUGUACAACAAUGAAUCUGCUGGCCCGGCGUUUGAGGAAUUCCUUCAGCUCUUGGGAGAACGUGUUCGGCUCAAAGGAUUUGAGAAGUAUCGUGCACAGCUUGACACCAAAACUGACUCCACUGGAACCCAUUCUCUGUACACAACAUACAAAGACUAUGAAAUCAUGUUCCAUGUUUCCACCAUGCUGCCGUACACGCCGAACAACAAGCAGCAGCUCCUACGGAAGCGGCACAUUGGAAAUGAUAUUGUCACAAUUGUUUUCCAAGAGCCGGGAGCACAGCCGUUCAGCCCCAAAAACAUCCGCUCUCACUUCCAGCACGUGUUCGUCAUCGUGCGUGUCCACAACCCCUGCACUGACGGGGUCUGUUACAGUGUGGCUGUCACCAGGUCCAGAGACGUGCCUUCCUUUGGACCUCCCAUCCCCAAAGGGGUCACUUUCCCUAAGUCAAAUGUGUUCAGGGACUUCCUUUUGGCCAAAGUGAUUAACGCAGAAAAUGCUGCUCAUAAAUCAGAAAAGUUUCGGGCCAUGGCCACUCGGACCCGCCAGGAAUACCUGAAAGAUCUGGCAGAGAAGAAUGUCACCAACACCCCUAUUGACCCAUCUGGCAAGUUCCCAUUCAUCUCUCUGGCCUCCAAGAAGAAGGAGAAGUCUAAACCGUAUCCAGGAGCUGAGCUCAGUAGCAUGGGGGCCAUCGUGUGGGCCGUCCGGGCCAAGGACUACAACAAGGCCAUGGAAAUGGACUGCCUGUUAGGGGUGUCCAAUGAGUUCAUCGUUCUCAUUGAGCAGGAAACCAAGAGUGUGGUUUUCAACUGUUCCUGCAGAGAUGUGAUAGGGUGGACCUCAACUGACACCAGCCUCAAAAUCUUCUACGAGCGAGGAGAAUGCGUUUCAGUGGAAAGUUUAAUUAAUAACGAGGACAUUAAAGAGAUCGUCAAAAGGUUGCAGUUUGUAUCCAAAGGUUGCGAAUCGGUGGAGAUGACUCUGCGGAGGAACGGGCUGGGGCAGCUUGGCUUCCACGUCAACUACGAGGGCAUCGUGGCAGACGUGGAGCCCUACGGCUACGCCUGGCAGGCGGGGCUGAGGCAGGGCAGCCGGUUGGUGGAGAUCUGCAAGGUGGCGGUGGCCACCCUGAGCCACGAGCAGAUGAUCGAUCUCCUGAGAACAUCUGUCACGGUGAAGGUCGUCAUCAUCCCCCCGCACGAUGACUGCACCCCGCGGAGGAGCUGCUCAGAAACCUACCGUAUGCCAGUGAUGGAAUACAAGAUGAAUGAAGGGGUUUCCUAUGAAUUCAAGUUUCCCUUUCGAAAUAAUAACAAAUGGCAGAGGAAUGCCAACAAGGGGACUCAUUCACCGCAAGUCCCCUCCCAGGUGCAGAGUCCCAUGACCUCGAGGCUGAACGCUGGGAAAGGAGAUGGAAAGAUGCCUCCUCCGGAAAGAGCUGCCAACAUCCCUCGAAGCAUCUCCAGUGAUGGGCGCCCACUGGAGCGGCGGCUGUCUCCCGGUUCAGACAUCUACGUGACGGUCUCCUCCAUGGCUCUGGCAAGGUCCCAGCCCUGCCGUAACUCCCCUAGCAACCUGUCUUCAUCCAGCGAGACUGGCUCUGGUGGAGGCACUUACAGGCAGAAGUCCAUGCCCGAAGGGUUUGGAGUCAGCCGCAGGUCACCCGCCUCCAUCGACAGGCAGAACACCCAGUCAGAUAUUGGCGGCAGCGGGAAAUCCACACCCAGCUGGCAAAGAAGCGAGGACAGCAUUGCUGACCAAAUGGCUUACAGUUAUAGAGGACCUCAGGAUUUCAAUUCUUUUGUCCUCGAGCAGCAUGAAUAUACAGAGCCGACGUGCCAUCUCCCCGCAGUAUCAAAGGUACUGCCUGCUUUCCGAGAGAGCCCCAGUGGGAGAUUAAUGCGGCAGGAUCCAGUGGUCCAUUUGUCUCCAAACAAACAAGGGCAUUCCGAUAGCCACUACUCAAGCCACUCCAGCAGCAAUACUCUCUCCAGCAACGCAUCGAGCGCCCACAGUGACGAGAAGUGGUAUGAUGGGGACCGCACCGAAUCCGAACUCAACAGCUACAACUAUCUGCAGGGCACCUCUGCCGACAGUGGCAUCGACACCACCUCCUAUGGCCCCAGCCACGGCAGCACGGCCUCCCUGGGGGCCGCCACGUCAUCCCCUCGCUCGGGGCCAGGCAAGGAGAAGGUGGCCCCCCUGUGGCACAGUUCCAGCGAAGUGAUCUCCCUGGCAGAUCGGACUUUAGAGACAGAGAGCCUCGGCAUGGAGCGGAAGGCAGAGUCCUCCCUGAGCCUGGAUAUCCACAGCAAGAGCCAGGCUGGCUCAAACCCGCUGACCAGGGAGAACAGCACUUUCAGCAUCAACGAUGCCGCUUCCCACACAAGUACCAUGAGCUCUCGACACUCUGCCAGCCCAGUGGUCUUCACCAGUGCCAGAAGUUCCCCCAAAGAAGAGCUCCAUCCUGCCACCUCGCAGCUCGCACCUUCCUUCCCCUCCUCCUCCUCCUCCUCUUCGUCUGGCCCUAGGACCUUCUACCCUCGCCAGGGCGCGACCAGCAAGUACCUGAUUGGGUGGAAGAAACCCGAAGGAACCAUAAACUCUGUGGGAUUUAUGGACACGAGAAAGCGCCAUCAGAGUGAUGGCAACGAGAUGGCCCACACCAGGCUGCGCGCCUCAACCAGGGACCUCCGGGCGUCCCCCAAGCCAGCCUCCAAGUCCACCAUCGAGGAGGACCUCAAGAAACUCAUCGACCUGGAAAGCCCAACUCCUGAAUCCCAGAAGAACUUUAAGUUCCAGGCGCUCUCCUCGCCACAGUCGCCUUUUCCUGCCGCGCCCACGGCGAGACGGGCCCUGCACCGCACGCUGUCCGAUGAGAGCAUCUACAGCGGCCAGAGGGAGCACUUCUUUGCCUCCAGGGCAUCACUUCUGGACCAAGCUCUGCCCAAUGACGUCCUCUUCAGCAGCACGUACCCUUCCCUGCCCAAGUCUCUCCCGCUGCGGAGGCCUUCUUACACCUUGGGGAUGAAGUCGCUGCACGGAGAGUUCUCGGCCUCAGACAGCUCCCUCACGGACGUCCAGGAGACCCGAAGGCCUCCCAUGCCCGACCCUGGCCUGAUGCCCCUGCCCGACGCGGCUGCCGAUUUAGAUUGGUCCAACCUGGUGGAUGCGGCCAAGGCCUACGAGGUCCAAAGAGCCUCCUUCUUUGCUGCUACUGACGAAGGCCACCGGCCCUUGAGUGCUGCAUCCAACAGUGACCAGCUCGAGGAGCAGGCUCUGGCCCAGAUGAAGUCCUACAGCAGCAGUAAAGAUUCCUCCCCGACUCUGGCUUCUAAAGUGGACCAGCUGGAAGGUAUGCUGAAGAUGCUCCGGGAAGAUCUGAAGAAGGAAAAGGAAGACAAAGCCCACCUGCAGGCGGAAGUCCAGCACCUCCGGGAGGACAACCUGAGGCUGCAGGAGGAGUCCCAGAACGCCUCGGACAAGCUGAAGAAGUUCACGGAAUGGGUCUUCAACACCAUAGACAUGAGCUAGGGCAGGCUGCGAGGGGCCGGCCCGGGCUGGGGGAGGGGGCCCGGGAGGAGGGGGCUCUGUGGUGCGGUUUGGCGCUGCUUCGGCCACGCCGCCGAGAGCCUGCUCAGCCUGCCCGCCCUAGCUUCCUACUCUGGCCCCUUGCGGGGAGCGCACAACACAACAAUUGCAGAUCAACAAUCAUUAUCUGCCUUUUGUAGAAAAGAAAAACAAAAAAGUAAAUAAAAAUUUUAAAAAGUAAAAUAAAAGUUUAACUGCUAAAAUGUGAAUGUCUUUAUUUUUUUGCACAAUAUCUUUAUCUGUUACGUAUUUUAAAAAGCAAGUGGGCCUAGGCCGCCUGGGGCCCGUCUGCCUCUAUUUCCAUGAGCUCUUACUGAUUUCAGGUAAUCCAAGCUUUCCCUCGUUAUCCUGACCCAUGUCAUUGCUCCUUAGGAAAAUAAAGUUUUUGCACAUGGUUUCUUGGGGGAGGGGGAUUUCCUUACCUUUGUCCUAAAAUGCCUGGGGAGGGAGGUGCUUGGAGAAGAUGUCUCCCUCCCUUGAAUGACCUGUGCAUGAGCUAGUGCCCUUUGUCCCUACCUUCUGGAGGACAGCGGGCUCAGGGUUACCCGAAAGUCCGUGCGGGAGACAGAGCCAGUGCCUCGGGCGAAGCCCCUUUCCUGUCCUGCAUUGUGACGUCACUCCACCCCUCAGUUCCUCUCCCCUAGAGAUGGUCCCCCGUGUGUGCUGCUCAGAGCUAGAACCCUUUCUGUCUGGUUCGACUGGAAUCUGCCUCUACAGCUUCCCGGCUCCAAACAUUACUGGCUUUCAGAAUUCCUCCAGACUAAAAUCUCACUUGUAUGCAUUUUGGUCAAAAGUAUAGCUUUUGUUUGAGAUGUGUAAAGAUGAAAAUGUGGCAAAACUGUAUUUUUAGCUUACUCAAAAAUUACCAUAUUAAUCAAUUCUCUCCAAAGCAAGACUUGACCAGUCUAGGGAAAAGUGAAUGUUAAAUUGUUUUAAUUCUCGCUUGUUAGGAGCAACGACUGUGAUCAUAGAAUGGGCUCUGGAAACCUGCAUGUCCCAGUGUGCAAUUCCAGCACGGCGUUUUCUGAAUCCUUUUGUGGCCAGCCAGAGGAUUCUGCUGCAGAAAUGACUGAUGUGCUAUUUUUCCUGUCUAGUGAUGCAGCUGCCCUGGGCCUCUGGCCAUCGUCCCAAGGCCCGCAGGCCUGCAGACGGACACACCAGGCCCACCAGUGUUGAGGGACCCAGGGAGUCCUGGGGGCCUUGUUUCUUGCCUUCAUAAAAAUGUCAUGAAGCUGCCACCUGUGUCCAUUCAGUGGCAACUCUGAUGUAGGGAACAUUCUGCGAUGUCAUCUGCUCGGAAGCUCCCUGCCCCAAGUAAUCUCAACUCCUUCCUCCAUCCCUGAAAGACACAGGAUGGAUUUUCUCUCUCCUCCCCCUGCCCCCUCCUCCAGAUUUUUACAGUUUCAUUCAUGAUUGUGAUUUUUCCAGAGAAUUAUUAUUAUUUUUUUUGGGGGGGGGGUGACAUUUCCAUCCUGGAAAUAGGAAGAUUUUGGAAUGCUCUGUAAAGAUCUCAAUUGUCUGUCUCUUUCUCUCUUUGACUUGUAUGAAGGAGAUUGUUACAUUGCCUGAUAUCUCUUUGUAAAUGAGAAAGAUCGCUGACCUCCAAGCAUUCUGAAGUCUUGCUUAUCCUUCUGAGUUCAGUUUUUAUUUUGUCUUUCAUUUGUUUGGGGACUUGGGGCAAGCUAUUUAUUAGAGUUUUGCAACAGAAUCUUGUUUGAAGCCUUUAAAGAC